GGAUUUGUUUUGAACUUGCUCAGCUAGUCAGUAGUGGUGGAAUAUCGUUUUGAGGAUGUAACGUUUUGACACAAUUCAUACAUCUGAGAGGGGAUUCGUGAAACAAUUUCCGACUUAGCUGAGAUCGAAAGGUAGCCUGCUUUCUCGUUUGAGAGAAUGGACUGCGCGGCGCUGGAACUUGAUGCAGUGAAAUUCGCCAAAUCUGCUGUUUUGUUCGACCAGAAGGGAAAGUAUAAUGAAGCCGUGUUCUACUACAAGGAAGCGGCGCAAGCACUCAUCUACGCUGGCAUGGCAGGAUCUAAACUGGAAAGCAUACAGGAUAAGGUGAACGAAUACCUGGACAGAGUGCAGGCUCUGCAUAAUGCAGUCCAGGCCCAGAGCAGUGACCCGCUGAAGACCAAGCAGCAGCUGGAUCUGGAGCGAGCCUACUUCCUUGUUACACAGGCCUUCGAGGAGGAUGAGAAGCAGAACAGCGAUGAGGCCAUCGAGCUCUACACCCAGGCGGUGGAGCUCUGUAUCCAAGCGUCGAAUGAGACGUCUGACCAGGCUCUGCAGGGCAAACUGAAGCAGCUCGCUCGACAGGCGCUCGACAGGGCAGAGGGGCUGAAGAAUGCAGUGACCAGGGCUGCUGCGCAGGAGAGGGCGGCCUCAGCUGCCCCCAAAGCCACUGGGCAGGUGAGGCAGUUCUUCCCCCUGGGCCCGGACUUCUCCCUCCAUGACCGGGCACAGCCGGUGAGAGCGGCCCAGUCCAGCGACCCGCAGGGCCAGCGCUACACCGCAGAGGAGAUCGAGGUGCUGAGGAGCACCUCCAAGAUUAACGGGAUGGAAUAUGUUCCAUUUAUGAGCGUGGACUUGAGGGAGCGCUUUGCCUUUCCUGUUCCGUUCUCGGACAAGCGUGGUAAACUGGCUUUGUCACCCAAGCAAUCUGCCAUCUUCUCUCGCUGGGUUCGGCCAGAUGAGAUGUGCAACAACCCUACCAUGAUAUUCACCGUGUCCAGUUUCAGCAUCAAACAGACGGUGGUGUCUGACUGUUCAUUUGUGGCCUCUUUAGCCAUCAGCGCAGCUUAUGAAAGACGCUUCAACAAGAAACUCAUCACCAGCAUCAUCUACCCUCAGAACAGGAGAGGAGAGCCGGAGUAUAAUCCUUGUGGGAAGUAUAUGGUGAAGCUGCACAUCAAUGGAGUGCCUAGAAAGGUGAUCAUCGAUGACUACCUGCCCGUAGACCGUAACGGAGAGCUCCUGUGCUCCUACUCCAGCAACAGGAACGAGCUGUGGGUGUCGCUCAUAGAGAAGGCCUACAUGAAGGUCAUGGGAGGAUACGACUUCCCUGGCUCCAACUCGAACAUUGACCUGCACGCGCUCACCGGCUGGAUCCCCGAGCGCAUCGCCAUGCACUCAGACAAUCAGUCCUUCGUCAAGGACGACACGUUUCGCAUGCUGUAUCAGAGGUUCCAUAGAGGUGACGUCCUCAUCACCACGGCAACUGGGGUGAUGACGGAGGAAGAGGGGGACAAGUGGGGGUUAGUGCCCACUCACGCCUACGCUGUUCUGGACAUCAGGGAACACAAGGGGAAGCGGUUCCUGCAGCUAAAGAACCCAUGGAGCCACCUCAGGUGGAAGGGCCGCUACAGCGAAAGAGACGAGAAGAACUGGACGCCUGAUCUCCUCAAGUACCUCAACUUUGACCCCAAAAUGGCACAGAAGUUUGACAAUGGUGUCUUCUGGAUUAUAUGGGAGGACCUGUGUCAGUACUAUGAUGUCAUCUACCUAAGCUGGAGCCCUGCACUGUUUAAGGAGUCUUCAUGCAUUCACAGUAGCUGGGAUGCAAAGCUGGGUCCAGUGAAGGAUGCCUACAGCCUGGCCAACAACCCGCAAUACAAACUAGAGGUGCAGUGUCCACAAGGGGGCGCCGCGGUGUGGGUGCUGCUCACCAGACACAUCACAGACAAGGAUGACUUUGCACAGAAUCGGGAGUUCAUCACCUUAGUGGUUUACAAGACAGAUGGAAAGAAGGUGUACUACCCUGCGGACCCGCCUCCCUACAUCGAUGGCAUCCGCAUCAACAGCCCGCACUACCUGACCAAGGUGAAGCUGACCAGUGCUGGCACUCACACCUUCACACUGGUGGUGUCUCAGUACGAGAAGCAGAACACUAUCAACUACACGCUACGAGUGUACUCGGUGAGCAAGUUUAACUUCUCCAAAAUCCCAACACCCUUCACACAGACCAAAAGGAUCAACGGUCAAUGGAAGGGAGUCAGUGCAGGGGGUUGUGGGAACUACAAGGACUCGUACAAGCACAACCCCAUCUACCAGAUUAACAUGGACAAGGCCGCACCUCUGCUCAUUGAGCUCAGAGGGUCCAGGCAGUACAGCGUGGGCUUCGAGGUGCUGACCGUGUCCACUGUCGGAGAGCCGGGGCCAGCGGGCCUCCAGCGAAAGAGCAGCGGAGACUACCGGUGUGGCUUCUGCUACCUGGAGCUGGAGCACGUCCCCGCCGGCAUCUACAACGUCAUCCCCACCACCUUCCUCCCCAAGCAGGAGGGGCCCUUCUUCCUGGACUUCAGCAGCGCCGGCCCGCUCCGCGUCUCCCAACUUCAGUGAGGAAGAGGAGGAGGAGGAGGAGGCCGCUCCGCGUCUCCCAACUUCAGUGAGGAAGAGGAGGAGGAGGAGGAGGCCGGGGCGCUCCGCGUCUCCCAACUUCAGUGAGGAAGAGGAGGAGGAGGCUGGACGAGCGAGCGAGCGGCCGCGCCCGAGAUCGAGGUCGUGGUGGUGGUCAGGGGAUCCACAUCUGGGUGAAGACAUCACCAGCGGUCACCUCAAACGCGUGUCUUCCCUUCCUCAUGUGACUGUUAACAAAGGGUUUAUGGCCAUUAACUCUAACGUGUGCGGACUGAACUGGGGAGACAUGAAGGAGGUUUUUGGUGAUUACUGAUUUGGUUGGUGGGUCGUGGCUGCCUCUGUCAUUGUGACUGAUGAUAUGAGCUCGCCUGUCCCAGCAAGUAUGUUUAUAUGAACAGAUGAGAGAUUGUUGCCAUAUUUUUGGCCAUCCUUCCAACCUUGUGACUAUUUAUUCAGUCGUGGCUGCACAGUGCACUCGCAGGAAUACACACACACACACACACACACACACACACACACACACACACACACACACAUAAACACACUCACCUGUGCACAUCUGACAUGGGAAUAUGACUGAAAUUGUAUGAGAAAUGCUGAGCAUUUGACCUAAGCAAAGGCUAUAUUUAUUCUCAGGCGACAGCGUCCCACCAACAGGGAUCUCUUAUCGAAUCUUUAAAAUGAUGAUGUCUUCUCGCGGGCCUGAGCCGCGUCCGCAAGCGGGGGAGCUGGACAGAGCUGACCGCCUCGUGCCUCCUGGGAAGGAUGCGCACUUCCUCUCUUAAGGGCUCUUCUCGUCUCCUCUCACCGCACUGCACUAGGAGGCAGCCGCCCGUCUGCUCUCUUGACACAGGAAUGGGACGCACCCGCUCACGUCCUCACAAGGCAUCCAGCCAUCCACCUACUUGUGCAUCCAUGUUACACACACACACACACACACACACACAUACACACACUCACUCUCUCUCUCUCUCACUCUCUCUCUCUCUCACUCACACACACACACACACACACACACACAUUCUCUCUCUCUCUCUCUCUCACUCACACACACACACACACACACACACUCUCUCUCUCUCUCUCUCUCUCACACACACACACACACACACACACACACACACACACGCACACACACACAGACACAGAUCAUGCUGCCAUAACUUGCAAAUUCCAAUAGAUUGUUGUCCUGCACAAGUCUCCAAGUACAGCCCAGUACCGCACUUUUCCCAUGAAGGUUUUCUGAGGAAUCUAUUGCCAAAAUGAGUAAUUUACUGCGUACAAAGUGAAGUUAUAUGAUAUCAUAUGGUACUGUGUGUGUGUCUGCUGCAUUUUUAUUUUGCUACAUCAGGACGUUUUAAGACAACUGUUUGUUCUAUGUGACGGUGCAGCCAUGAGCAGAGUCAGAAAAUGGACACUGUACUGUACAUCACAAGCUGUUUUUGUUCUCAUCUCCACACGGCAAAUAUACAUAUACAAUUAUA